GGUGAUGAAGUUCUGACUGUUAUAAAAACCAAGGCGCAGUGGCCAGCAUGGCAGCCCCUGAACGUGUGAGUACACAGUGAUGUACAAUAGUACCCUCACCUUUCACAGGUUUAUAAUGUUAAUUGUCUUUCAAAAAAUAUAUACUUGCAGAGAUCAUUUGGAUAACCAUUAAUUGAGAAUUUUGAUGGAAACAGAAUAUCUCUUUCUACUUAGCUUCCUCAGAUAACAGGCUAAGGAGGAGAUAACCAUCCAUAAUUAAUUCACCAGCUACAUGCUUGGCCUGUGGAUGUUUUCUUAAAUUCAUUAACGAUUAUUUACAUUUUUCAUGAGCUAUUUUGUUUGUGAAAGGAAGGCUCCUGUUUUGAUGAGAGAUGUGUUCCCUCGGGGUGUUUCUGUGAUUAAGAUGAAUGGCCUCCCUCCUGCUCCAAUAUAUCAAGAUGUUUCAUUGACCUAUUUUAAAAUAAGCCUGUCAAUUAAGCCAGGCAAUGUUCGCUUUGUUGGAGGAGACAUAUUCAUUAUUGAUGUAAAGGGGGGUCGGAAAAACAUCAACAUUAUAGAUGUCUCAAAGUGAAGGAGAUUGUUUAAAAAGAUUGAUGUGCAUGUGGAAUGUGAAAGUUCUAUACUGAACAAAAAUAAACGCAACAUACAACAAUUUCAAAGAUUUUACUGAUUUACAGUUCAUAUGAGGAAAUCAGCCAAUUUAAAUAAAUAAAUUAGGCCCUAAUCUAUCGAUUUAAAUUGACAGGAAAUACAGAUAUGCAUCUGUUGGUCACAGAAACCUUUAAAAAAAGGUAGGGGCAUGGAUCAGAAAACCAGUCAGUAUCUGGUGUGACCACCAUUUGCCUCAUGCAGCGCGACACAUCUCCUUCACAUAGAAUUGAUCAGGCUGUUGAUUGUGGCCUGUGGAACGUUGUCCCGCUCCUCUUCAAUGGCUGUGUGAAGUUGCUGGAUAUUGGUGGGAACUGGAACACGCUGUCGUACACGUCGAUCCAGAGCAUCCCAAACAUGCUCAAUGGGUGACAUGUCUGUUGAGUAUGCAGGCCAUGGAAGAACUGGGACAUUUUCAGCUUCCAGGAAUUGUGUACAGAUCCGACAUGGGGCUGUGCAUUAUCAUACUGAAACAUGAGGUGAUGGUGACGGAUGAAUGGCACGACAGUGGGCCUCAGGAUCUUGUCACGGUAUCUCUGUUCAUUCAAAUUGACAUUGAUAAAAUGCAAUUGUGUUCAUUGUCCGUAGCUUAUGACUGCCCCUACCGUAACCCCACCGCGUGAUCUGCGGUUGUGAGGCCGAUUGGACGUACUGCUAAAUUCUCGAAAACAACGUUGGAGGUGGCUUAUGGUAGAGAAAUUAAUAUUAGAUUCUCUGGCAACAGCUCUGGUGGACAUUCCUGCAGUCAGCAUGCCAAUUGCACGCUCCCUCAAAACUUGAGACAUCUGUGGCAUUGUGUUGUGUGACAAAGCUGCACAUUUAAGAGUGGCUUUUAUUGUCCCAAGCACAAGGUGCACCUGUGUAAUCAGCUUCUUGAUAUGCGACACCUGUCAGUUAUCUUGGCAAAUAACAAAUGCUCGCUAACAAGCACAGAUUUGUGCACAAAAAGCAUUUUUUGCAUAUGGAAUAUUUCUGAGAUCUUUUAUUUCAGCUCGAAUUUCUGGGAUCUUUUAUUUCAGUUCAUGUAAAGAGUUUGGUUGAUAAUCCUUGUCAAUUUUAAUGAGCUCUUCACACCUCUUUCAGUAACUAUUGAGAUGUUACUGGCUGUUCUUCUCCUCUUAGUAUUAGUGUAGUGGCAAUUAACACAUACAAAGAGUCCCAAAUGGCACCCUGUUCCCUAUUUAGUGCACUACUUUUGACCAGGGCCUAUAGGGUCUGGUGAAAAGUAGUGCACUAUAUAGGGAAUAGGAUGCUAUUUGGGAUGGAAUCAUAAUCUAUUUUUUUAACCUCCACACACAUCCUCCAGCCUAACAUCUCCAACAUAACAUCUGUCUCAUUAACACUUCUCGAAUGCCUUCUGCUGUCUAUGAUACUACAUUAUUCCCUCUAAUGAGUUCUAAAUAGAAACAAGUUAUUAUUUAUUAAUAUGUUGAGCGUUUAUGACAGAAAUGUGUUAUACUUCUUUGUUUGGACUUAAGAUAGUGUGAGUGGUAAUUCUGAAUAUUUAUCCAACUAAACUUUAUGAAUGAGUGCUUUGAAAAAGUAUUUGCCCCCUUGUUAAUUUUCUCGACUUUUGCAUAUUUGUUGUACUGAAUGUUAUCAAAUCUUCAACCAAAACCUAAUAUUAGAUAAAGGGAACCUUAGUGAACAAAUAACACAAAAAUGACAUACUUAUUUCAUAAACAAAGUUAUGCGACACCCAAUGCCCCUGUGUGAAAAAUAAUUGCCCCCUUACACUCAAUAACUGCUUUAACUCAGCAACGUUUGUGGGUUUUCAAGUAUGAACUGCAUAUUUCAAGUCCUGCCACAACAUUUCAAUUGGGAUUAGGUCUGGACUUUGACUAGGCCAUUCCAAAACUUCAAAUGUGUUGCUUUUUAGACAUUUUCAUGUAGACAUGAUUGUGUGUUUUGGAUCAUUGUCUUGCUGCAUGACCCAGCUGCGCUUCAGCUUCAGCUCACAGACAGAUGGCCUGACAUUCUCCUGUAGAAUUCUCUGAUACAGAGCAAAAUUCAUGGUUCCUUCUAUUAAGGCAUGUCAUCCAGGUCCUGAGGCAACAAAGUAUCCCCAAACCAUCACACUACCACCACCAUUCUUGACCUUUGGUAUGAUGUUCUUACUGUGGAAUGCAGUGUUUGGUUUUCGCCAGGCAUAAUGGGAACCAUGUCAUCCAAAAAGUUAUACAUCUGUCCAUAGAACAUUCUUCCAAGAGUCUUGAUGAUCAUCCAGGUGCUUUUUGGCAAACUUCAGUCAACUGUUUGGACGAGUGGGCCUAAAUUCCUCCACAGCGAUGUGAGAGACUGAUCAACAACUACAGGAAGCAUUUGGUUGCAGUCAUUGCAGCUAAAUGUGGCACAACCAGUUACAGUAUUGAGUGUAAGGGGGCAAUUACUUUUUCACACAGGGGAAUUGGGUGUUGCAUAACUUUGUUAAUUAAUUAAAUAAAUUAAAUAAGUAUACAUUUAUUUUGUUAUUUGUAAACUCAGGUUUAGCUAAUAAACUGUGUUUAUCUAAUAUUAGGUUUUGGUUGAAGAUCUGAUAAUAUAAUAUAAAUUAAUUAAUAUAAAAACUAUGCAAAAAUAGAGGAAAUAAGAAAGGAGCCAAAUACUUUUUCACGGCACGGUACAAAGCAUAUUUAAACACUUAAAGCACAAAAUUGGUGUGGUAUGUGCUGCAUCUACACAAACACCACAGUUGAAUAUUGUACAGCUCCUUCGGAAAGUAUUCAGACCCCUUGACUUUUUCCAUAUUUUGUUACGUUACAGCCUUAUUCUAAAAUUGAUUCAAUUGUUUUUUCCCCUCAUCAAUCUACACACAAUACCCCAUAAUGACAAAGCAAAAACAGGUUUUUUAGAAUGUAUGCUAAUUUAUAAAAAAUAAAAAACGGAAAUAACACAUUUACAUAAGUAAUCAGACCCUUUACUCAGUACUUUGUUGAAGCACCUUUGGCAGCGAUUACAGCAUUGAGUCUUCUUGGGUAUGACGCUACAAGCUUGGCACACCUGUAUAUGGGGAGUUUCUCUCAUUCUUCUCUGCAGAUCCUCUCAAGCUCUGUCAGGUUGGAUGGGGAGUGUUGCUGCACAGCUAUUUUCAGGUCUCUCCAGAGAUGUUAGAUCGGGUUCAAGUCCGGGCUCUAGCUGGGCCACUCAAGGACAUUCAGAGACUUGUCCUGAAGCCACUCCUGCGUUGUCUUGGCUGUGUGCUUAGGGUCGUUGUACUGUUGGAAGGUGAACAUUUGUCCCAGUCUGAGUUCCUGAGCGCUCUGGAGCAGGUUUUCAUCAAGGAUCUCUCUGUACUUUGCUCCGUUCAUCUUUGCCUCGAUCCUGACUAGUCUCCCAGUCCCUGCCGCUGAAAAACAUCCCCACAGGUAUGAUGCUGCCACCACCAUGCUUCUCCAUAGGGAUGGUGCUAGGUUUCCUCCAGACGUGACGCUUGGCAUUCAGGCCAAAGAGUUCAAUCUUGGUUUCAUCAGAUCAGAGAAUCUUGUUUCUCAUGGUCUGAGAGUCUUUAGGUGCCUUUUGGCAAACUCCAAGUGGGGUGUCAUGUGCCUUUUACUGAGGAGUGGCUUCCGUCUGGCCACUCAACCAUAAAGGCCUGAUUGGGGGUGUGCUGCAGAGAUGGUUGUCCUUCUGUAAGGUUCUCCCAUCUCCACAGAGGAACUAUAGAGCUCUGUCAGAGUGACCAUCGGGUUCUUUGCCACCUCCCUGACCAAGGCCCUUCUCCCCCGAUUGCUCAGUUUGGCCAGAUGGCCAGCUCUUGGAAGAGUUGUGGUGGUUCCAAACUUCUUCCAUUUAAGGAUGAUGGAGGCCACUGUGUUCUUGGGGACCUUCAAUGCUGCAGAAAUGUUUUGGUACCCUUCACCAGAUCUGUGCCUCGACACAGUCCUGUCUCGGAUCUCUACGGACAAUUCCUUCAACCUCAUGGCUUGGUUUUUGCUCUGACAUGCACUGUCAACUGUGUGACCAUAUAUAGACAGGUGUGUGCCUUCCAAAUCAUUUCCAAUCAAUUGAAUUUACCACAGGUGGACUCUAAUCAAAUUGUAGAAACAAAUCAAGGAUGAUCAAUGGAAACAGGAUACACCUGAGCUCAAUUUCGAGUCUCAUAGCAAAGGGUCUGAAUACCUAUGUAAAUAAGGUAUUUCUGUUUUUUAUUUUUAAUACAUUUGCAAACAUUUCUAAAAACCAGUUUUCGCUUUGUCAAUCUGCACAUUGAGGAGCAUACGGUACAUGUCUGUAUAUCUGUUUGUCUUUCCAGGCGGGCAGCUCCCUCGGCUGAGUUCUCAGUGGACCGUACCCGUCACCUCAUGUCCUUUCUGAGCAUGCUGGGGCCCAGCCCUGACUGGAAUGUGGGGCUGUCUGCAGAGGACCUCUGCACCAAGGAGUGUGGCUGGGUCCAGAGGCUGGACCAAGACCUCAUCCCCUGGGACGCAGGCACUGACAGCGGGGUCACCUACGAGGUGAGGGUCCUGGGCCCCCAAACAAGGGGUCAAUAUUUAAUAAAUGGCUCUGGUUUCUUGGUCUGGUUCAGUUAUCUAGUAAAAUACCUCUGCCUUUCUAACUUUCAAAACCAGGCCUCUGUAUUUUUCCAUGAAUCUGGAAUGAAAGCUUUUGAUCUACUUUCAUUAAUAGUGCAGGAGCGUUGCUUUUUUAUUUUUAGUUUAUGGCUCAUGAAUAUACAAAUGACUCAACCUCGGCUGAAGAACCCAUGAAACAGAUUCAGCAAAAAACCCACUGUUAACAUAAAGCAGCACAUUCACUGUGUAGUCAUUUUAUUGAGGCGUGCAUAUUUACCCAAGUGGCUGCCUCACAGACUAUUUGUCUCUACACUGUAAAUAUGUCCCCAACAAAUCCUGCCCUGGAAUUUAUAGUUCAUUUUCUGCUGGCUUUAAAAGACACUGGGAAAAUAAAUGGAAAGACACUGCCAUCUAUAGGCCAGAAAUGACACUGAAGAUAAAUCCAGACGCAAAUGUAGACCCACACAUAUACCCUAAUCCACCGUCUGUAAAUAUAAUUUAUGUUUUCUAUGCAAAGAAAGCAGAUGACGAAUACAUUCAUCUACUCCAUAUGUGAUUUAGUUACUUAGUUUUUGGCUACUGUUGGCUGCAGUACCAAUUAAUAAAUCUAAAAACUAAAACUAGAUUCCCUGGAGUUAAAGUAGAAAGGGACUCAAUGGCAUUUGUAGUUUUUUCUUCCCUGAAGUAACUGUUUUGGAACAGAAUCAUGAAAGGUGAUUCACCAAGCACCUAGCAGGAAACAAUGUCAUAAAUCACUCAUAAAAGGAAUAUUACACAGUUGAUCAAUUAUGCAUAUUGAGAUCAAACACUGAGUCCCCUAACAGAUGGCAGCUGAACAUGACGAGGUUCUCGCUCUCGCUCAGCCCUGUGCCCACACUGUUUCACUAGCGCCCCUCCCUGUGCCCACACUACCCUGCGUUACAGUUACUACCAGCCCUGUGCCCCUGUGGAGGUCAGUGCCAAUUAAAAUGAGGGAGGAUGAUUUUGAAAACAUCAUGAACCUGGCCUUAUUUAUAUUACAGCAUAUUGGAUGACUGUCAUUCAUAUUUCAUUUAAUGUAACAAUAGAUUUAGGCUACUACAUGAUACUAGAAUUUUCCCUGUACCCACCAUGAGGUUGCUACAACCUAGCCUAUGAAUACAAUUUUACAAUGUAGGUGCACAGGUUGAGAGAAUGUUGAGUAAUCAAGGUGACAGACAGGGACACAUUAAAUACCGCCUUGCACACUCUUGCCUGCAUCUAGCUGAUCUAGAGUGUAAUCAUUAGUCCAACAGUUGCAAACGAGAGUUUCUACUGGAAAAUUCAGGUAUGUUUAUCCACGUUUGCUUCCGUUUAAGAAAUGUUUUUCAACAUAGUCGGCGCAAUGAAUACACCCCUGAUCACACGCAAACACAGUUGACUUUCAUACCAGACACAUGCAAACAGCUCGUUGUAUAUAUCAUUCCUUCUCGCAUCUACAGUGGCUUGCGAAAGUAUUCACCUCCCUUGGCAUUUUUCCUAUUGUGUUGCCUUACAACCUGGAAUUAAAAUUGAUUUUUUGGGGGGUUUCUAUCAUUUCAUUUACACAACAUGCCUACCACUUUGAAGAUGCAAACAAACAAGAAAUAAGACCAAAAAACAGAAAACUUGAGCGUGCAUAACUAUUCACCCCCCCCAAAGUCAAUACUUUGUAGAGCCACCUUUUGCAGAAAUUACAGCUGCAAGUAUUUUGGGGUAUGUGUCUAUAAGCUUGGCACAUCUAGCCACUGGGAUUGUUGCCCAUUCUUCAAGGCAAAACUGCUCCAGCUCCUUCAAGUUGGAUGGGUUCCGCUGGUGUACAGCAAUCUUUAAGUCAUACCACAGAUUCUCAAUUGGAUUGAGGUCUGGGCUUUGACUAGGCCAUUCCAAGACAUUUAAAUGUUUCCCCUUAAACCACUAGAGUGUUGCUUUAGCAGUAUGCUUAGGGUCAUUGUCCUGCUGGAAGGUGAACCUCCGUCCCAGUCUCAAAUCUCUGGAAGACUGAAACAGGUUUCCCUCAAGAAUUUCCCUGAAUUUAGCGCCAUCCAUCAUUCCUUCAAUUCUGACCAGUUUCCCAGUCCCUGCCGAUGAAAAACAUCCCCACAGCAUGAUGCUGCCACCACCAUGCUUCACUGUGGGGAUGGUGUUCUCGGGGUGAUGAGAGGUGUUCGGUUUGCGCCAGACAUAGCGUUUUCCUUGAUGGCCAAAAAGCUCAAUUUUAGUCUCAUCUGACCAGAGUACCUUCUUCCAUAUGUUUAGGGAGUCUCCCACAUGCCUUUUGGCCAACACCAAACGUGUUUGCUUAUUUUUUUCUUUAAGCAAUGGCUUUUUUCUGGCCACUCUUCCGUAAAGCCCAGCUCUGUGGAGUGUACGGCUUAAAGUGGUCCUAUGGACAGAUACACCAAUCUCCACUGUGGAGCUUUGCAGCUCCUUCGGGGUUAUCUUUGGUCUCUUUGUUGCCUCUCUGAUUAAUGCCCUCAUUGCCUGGUCCGUGAAUUUUGGUGGGCGGCCCUCUCUUAGCAGGUUUGUUAUGGUGCUAUAUUCGUUCCGUUUUUAAAUUAUGGAUUUAAUGGUGCUCCGUGGGAUGUUCAAAGUUUCUGAUAUUUUUUUAUAACCCAACCCUGAUCUGUACUUCUCCACAAUUUUGUCCCUGACCUGUUUGGAGAGCUCCUUGGUCUUCAUGGUGCCGCUUCAUAGCAAAGGGGGUGCAUACAUAUGCACGCACCACUUUUCCGUUAUUUAAGUAAUUUUUUUCAUUUCACUUCACCAAUUUGGACUAUUUUGUGUAUGUCCAUUACAUGAAAUCCAAAUACAAAUCCAUUUAAAUUACAGGUUGUAAUGCAACAAAACAGGAAAAACAGCAAGAGGGAUGAAUACUUUUGCAAGGCACUGUAUUUGAUGACGUGAAUAUGUUUAGUAUAGUUUUAUCUAAAAAGAUCACUUUUUUAAUGUUCCACUAUUUUAUUUUUAUGAAAUGAUGGUCCUCCCCUUCUUCCUCUGAAGAGCCUCCACUGCUGUUCCCAUACUACCCUGUGUUACAGUUACUACUGUACCAGCCCUGUUCCCAUACUACCCUGUGUUACAGUUUCUGCCAACCCUGUGCCCAUACUAACUCCUGUUAGUAUUACUGUUAGUACUGUUAUACUAUCUCCCUUCCAUGGACCUAUAUUACACUGUGUUACAGUUACUCCUGGCCCUAUGCCCAUAUUGUAUCACUCAUACUCCACCCUGUACCUGUACCAUUCCAGUCUCCCAACAAGCCCACAAUACCCCAGGAGAGGAUCCGGUCCCUGACCAGCCUGGACCACCCCCAGAGCCCCUUUUAUGACACAGAGGGAGGCCCUAUCACAGCCUUGGCCCGGGUAGUGGUGGAGAGGAUAGCCCGAAAGGUAACUAUAGCACAUGCCUCAUUCAUUCCGCUCUCUGUCUGUCUGUCUCUGCUCCCUCUCUCUGAAGAGAUGUGAAUGUUCAUGCAACAUAACUCUCCUCACAGUCGCUAUACAUGUAAUGUUACUUUGGAUACAUAGCUCUUUGAAUGGGCAAUAUAUUGCCAUAGUGAUAAUAGCAAGUCUUUGAAAAACACAGAGAAAAUUUACAGUGUGGUUGUCUCCUGACACUUAAAGCAAAGAAAAAAAAAACGAAAUCUCUUUUAAACCAACAACCAGAUGUCAUAUUGACCUAACCUUUUACUGAAGAUUGCCCAGAAAAUAAAUACCCUUGUCUCCAAUGAGAAUAUAUGAUAUUAGAUGGUAAAUUUAGAAUUGUAUCAGUGUUUGUGAUGUUGAAUCAUGUUUCUUGCCCACAGGGAGAGCAGUGCAAUAUUGUCCCGGACACGGUGGACGAUAUCGUGGCAGAUAUUGGCCAGGAGGAGAAGGAGGAAGGUGAGUAAUCGCUUUAUCUCAACCAAUUUGGGAUGUUCAAUUUAAAAACCACACACUGUAUUUGCUGGAGACUUUAAUUAAGUAUGCUUUGCCUGGCAGCCUGUUUAAACCUCCAGAUGUCUGUCUGCUGAAAAGCAUGAACACGGCCAAGCUUCAGAAAUGAACCUGAUGGGGUUUAUGUUUCUAAUAAUGAAAAAAAAAAAAAAAAUGUAUGCACUCUGGAUAAGAGCGUCUACUAAAUGACUAAAAUGUAAAAUGUAACCACACCGUGCAAUUACAUUCCAACACUACCUUUGAACCUCAACCAAAUUAUUUGUUCUCUCUACCGUCAUUCUGUUGAGCACAACACUGUCUGUUUCCUAAACAGGACGGUCUCCAGUACAUUACAGUACACAUACUGUGGGUACUGUACAGUAACUAUACACUGUGGUUAGAGCAAGACCUGAACUGUAUGAACUUGCAUUUACUUUUAUAGGCAAUUAGGCAUUAGUGCAUAAUAUACAGCACCAGCACAUUCUAAACCAGUGAAAAUAUAGGGUUACAUACAUGAACAGUGCAUAUGAAUACCCCCCUCCCCACCAACAUGGUCUCAUUAGAAUAUGUCAAAAUAGUUACAUUUAACCAAUUCAGUUAUAGUCAACCUAGCUGACCUAUAUGACUUGUCAAUUCAUUGUCUCAUAGAGAAUUUCUCCCUCCAGACGACACUCCAGAGACGUGCAUCUACUCCAACUGGUCUCCGUGGUCAGCCUGCAGCUCAGCCAACUGUGACAAGGGCCGGAGGAUGAGACAGAGGAUGCUGAAGGCUCAGCUGGACCUCAGUGUGUCCUGCCCUCAUACCCAGGACUUCAAGCCCUGCAUGGGGCCUGGCUGCAGCAAGGAGGGUGAGGACUAAGGACAGUGUCACAGUCCUGGUUCUCAUUCAUAGCACUAAUGCAUGCUCUUGAAUGGCACAGUUCAAUCACUGGUCUGAGUCGGCUGAUAAAGUCUCCUCAAUUUAGACAUGAAGACAGUUGUUUGCCUUAUAGUGGGUGAAAUGUCUAUUGUUUUUGCAUGAGAAUUCAACUGACAAUGUUUUGUCUCGUUGAGAACAUGUUGUUCCAUCUCCAAUGUCUGUAUGUAAGAGCUUUCAAAAACAGGGAAAAGACUGCUUGAAUUAUAAAUUCAUAGUACAUAAAUAUAUUUUAUGAUUUAGGAAUCAUUAUUGUAGAUGCCAUAAGGUGUAAACCAUGGAUGGGCAACUGGCGGUCCUGGAUUAAUUUCCCAAAAUUGAGCUCCCAACCAACAAUUACAACAACAACAACAAAAACUCAGUCGGGGUCUCAACUUACUGUUGAGGGUUAGAAUAGUAGAAUACAUAAGGUGCAAUUUAGAAAUUUGGUUGUGCAUCAGAAGUUUUUCUCUUGUUAUGUCAGUCACUGACAGUCACUCAAUUAGCCAUGUCAGCGAACAAUUUUGAGAUUGGUAAAUUAGUCUAGCCAGCUAUCUAAAGUUGUAAACAUGGCCCAAUACCGACUGGGCACGCAGGGCAUCUGCCCAGGGGCCCUGACCUCCAGUGGGCCCCCAUUAAUUUUGUUAAUCACUCUCACUCAGAUAUCAUAUUAACAUGGCAUAGUCCCAUGUAGCUCAGUUGGUAAAGCAUGGCGUUUGUAACGCCAGGGUUGUGGGUUCGAUUCCCACAGGGGGCCAGUAUGAAAAUGUAUGCACUCACUAACUGUAAGUCGCUCUGGAUAAGAGCGUCUGCUAAAAAUGUAAAAAUGCAUAAGUCAUAGCAAAUAUUUAGAAUUGCAGGAGAUUAGCUGUAAAACUGCACAUUUUUUCUCUCUGCCCCAUGGCAAAAUGUGUAGAAUUGCAGAAACUUGCUUUAAGUUAAAUCUGCAACAUUUUCUCUAUGCCCAUGGCAAAAUGUGUAGAAUUGCAGUAAAAUGUUUUUUCCCGCCAGGUGGGUGGGCCCCCCAACCAAAUCUUGCUUAGGGCCCCCAAAAGGCUAGGGCCGGCCCUGGCUACUGGUUUAAUGCAUUUAGUUAAGAUAGUUAAGUAGUUUAACUGCAGAAAUGGAUUGAUUGUACAAAUCAGUGAACUGCAUGUGUGGGUAUGGAUGUGGGUACGCAAACCUGCGAGCCGCUGCGGCCCCUCAUCAAAGUUUCCCAUCCCUGGUGUAAACAGUUGACUGUUUAAAACAAAGUAAUUCGUAAAGAAGUAUAAAAAAAUUGGUUGUUGGCUAAAGGCUUGUGUGUUCAUCUGCUGCUCUGCAGGCUGAGCUGGUGAUCCCUGUGUAAUCAUAUUGAAAAAAGACAGUCAACAUAUCCAUGUGCAAACAGACUGAACUAAGAUCUAACAUGGGAGUGGUCCCAUGUUUAUGAGAACAGGGAUUAGGGUUGAGAUGAUGUCAUGCUCCUCCACCAACUUCUUAGCCAAGCACAAGGAAAUAGGUCGUUAUCAAUACAACGUCACAAUAAGGUGCAGAGCGUUCGAUUAGCCUGCUGGGGGGCAAGGAGACCCCUGCUCUGCUAAAACCAUUGACAACUGCGUGUCGUUUUCAAGGGAUUGUUUAAUAAAUGUUAACUAUUUGGUUGUAAUAUCAUCACCUCUUGAAGAGCAUAGAUCAUAACUACACAUUUCAGAUUAUUCCAUGCAAAACAAUUGCGCACAUUUAGCAGAGUAAUACAGCAAGUAACCGCAUGCUUUUCAUGAUGAGUAAAAAUCUAUUGAUCAUGUAAUUUUUAGCCUCACGAUAUCGCUAAAUAUUGGCCACCAUUAAUUGGAUAUUUGAGUGAUAUGAAAUAAAAGUGAACUAUACCUGACAAGUAUGAGUGGUUUAGGUUAAUUUCCCAUCCUUUGUGGGCUCUGCCUGUCAAGCAGCAGAAGGACACAUUUGUGGAUGUACUGUUAUCUGAUAAUGUUUACCUUGCAAGCUACCGGUAGAAACGUUGUACAGUUGGCUAAACAUAUAGGCUAGUGGUAAAUGUACCUAAUGUACUUUUUUCUCCAACCAAUGUAAGCCUACCUAGUGAAGUUAGCUAACAUUUUCCCCUUUUCAACAUUGUUUUUAAGAGUGUUUAAUCACGAUUGCUGCUGACAGACAUGAUAGGCUACAUUGACUGAUGGACCACGUCAAAUUGGCAAACUAGCUAAUAACAGAUUAGGUCAAUAUGGUUAGUUAACAAGCUAACUUUCAGGGGAUGAACUAGAUGGCUAUAUCCAAAUAUUGUUUGAUUUGCUUGCCAUCUAUAGUGGGGAUGACAGUUGUCCGACUGACAACUUUACCAGAACGGGGACUUGCCGAUGUCAAGCUCUUUCCAAAAGCCUAAUCUCUGAUGAAGCAAGCUAAAUGAUACGUUGUAGCUAGCUACAUGCCAAAUGGAUAGGCUACCCUCACGUAUCUGAAAUUACAUGAUCAAUUGAUGUUUACUGAUCAUGAAAAGCAUGCAGUUACUUGCUGUAUAACUCUGAUGAUAGAGCUAAAUGUGGAAUAAUCGGAAAUAUGUUGUUCUGACUAUGCUCUUCAAGUGGUGAUAAUAUUAAAACCAAAUAGUUAUAAAAAAAAUUUAAACAAUCCCUUGAAAGCGGCACGUAGUUGUCAAUGGUUUUAGCGGAGCUGGGGGUCUCCUUACCUCCCAGCAGUCAAAUCGAACGCUCUGCGCCGUAUUGUGACGUUUUAUUGAUAACCUACAGUAUAUGGUGUUACCAUUGUUUUCCCUUUCACGGUUUAUGUGCUACCUAAGAUGCACAAUUAACACAGUUUUGUCCUUGGCAUUCAAACACAAGAAGCAAAGCUGGGGGAAUUUGGAGUCUCACCAAGUGUCAUAAUCGGGUAGAGGUCAAAAGACAUAUGAUAUUCCACAAACGCUUCUUCCUCCAGGAAACAAGGCAGGUCUUAAGGCUGUUCUAUUCAGUCAGAUUGGCAUUAACUUUCUCUCUCAGAAAGUAACUGCUCCUUUGUCCAAUUCUCAUCAAAGUUGUCAAUUAAGACCACUCUUCUCAAAGUCACAUGAUCAGUCAUGCAGAGGUGUCUCUCUCUCUCUCUCUCUUUCUCCUUUGCCCCUUCUUCCUAUUAUCUUUCUCUCUCUCCUACCUCCAUUAAUAUCUUUCGGGCCCCCAAGUCUCAGCUUUGUCAGCGCUUGAUGAGUGGGUUUGAAUUGUUCAAGGUUAUCGUUUCGCUCUACUGCACACUAUUGAUUAAUAGGACUGGCAUUGCAAGCUUUUCUACCUGCACAUCACUCCUUUGUUUUAAUUUAUCGCUCUGUUAACGGUCAGUAGUUGAUUGAUAUUCCUGAAGCUGGCCGGGGCCCCUGUGGGCCUCAUUGGGGCCACAUUUAUUUACAGCUCUUAUUAAUGAUUCACUUAGUUCUGCUUUAUUAAGCUACGCUCACUGCUGCUCCCAAUCUGCAGCCAGGCAGUGGGAUGGACCAGACGAGAGAGAAAUCCAUGUUAAAGUUCCCGAAAGUUCAUCCAUCCUCUCUGAAAACAAAUCUAUUUACAAAUUCUGUUCCCAGAUAAUUUGAGAGAGCAGAGUGAAUAAUUUAUGUUGGGUGUGUUACUUGUUACCAGAUGGAUGGCAGCGGAAUUCAGAGGUGUCAGCUAGUAGUGAUGUACACUACCAUUCAACAUUUUGGACACCUCCUCAUUCAAGGGUUUUUCUUUAUUUUUUACUAUUUUUUACAUUGUAGAAUAAUAGUGAAGACAUCAAAACUAUGAAAUAACACAUAUGGAAUCAUGUAGUAACCAAAAAAGUGUUAAACAAAUCAAAAUAUAUUGUAUAUUUGAGAUUCUUCAAAUAGCCACCCUUUGCCUUGAUGACAGCUUUGCACACUCUUGGCAAUCUCUCAACCAGCUUCAUGAGGUAGUCACCUGGAAUGCAUUUCAAUUAACAGGUGUGCCUUGUUAAAAGUUAAUUUGUGGAAUUUAUUUCUUAAUGCGUUUGAGCCAAUCAGUUGUGUUGUGACAAGGUCGGGGGGGUAUACAGAAGUAACCCUAUUUGGUAAAAGACCAAGCCCAUAUUAUGGCAAGAACAGCUCAAAUAAACAAAGAGAAACGACAGUCCAUCAUUACUUUAAGACAUGAAGGUCAGUCAAUACGGAACAUUUCAAGAAUUUUGAACGUUUCUUCAAGUGCAGUCGCAAAAACCAUCAAGCGCUAUGAUGAAACUGGCUCUCAUGAGGACCGCCACAGGAAUGGAAGACCCAGAGUUACCUCUGCUGCAGAGGAUAAGUUUAUUAGAGUUACCAGCCUCAGAAAUUGUAGCCCAUAUAAAUGCUUCACAGAGUUCAAGUCACAGACACAUCUCAACAUCAACUGUUCAGAGGGGACUGUGUGAAUCAGGCCUUCAUGGUCGAAUUGCUGCAAUAAAACCACAACUAAAGGACACCAAUAAGAAGAAGAAACCAAGAAACACGAGCAAUGGACAUUAGACCGGUGGAAAUUUGUCCUGGUUCCAACCGCCGUGUCUUUGUGAGACGCGUGUGGGUGAACGGAUGAUCUCUGCAUGUGUGGUUCCCACCGUAAAGCAUGGAGGAGGAGGUGUUAUGGUGUGGGGGUGUUUUGCUGGUGACACUGUCUGUGAUUUAUUUCGAAUUCAAGGUACACUUAACCAGCAUGGCUACCACAGCAUUCUGCAGCGAUACACCAUCCCAUCUGGUUUGGGCUUAGUGGGACUAUCAUUUGUUUUUCAACAGGACAAUGACCCAACACACCUCCAGGCUGUGUAAGAGCUAUUUUCCCAAGAAGGAGAGUAAUGGAGUGCUGCAUCAGAUGACCUGGCAUCACAAUCCCCCGACCUCAACCCAAUUGAGAUGGUUUGGGAUGAGUCGGACAGCAGAGUGAAGGAAAAGCAGCCAACAAGUGCUCAGCAUUUGUGGGAACUCCUUCAAGACUGUUGGAAAAGCAUUCCAGGUGAAGCUGGUUGAGAGAAUGCCAAGAGUGUGCAAAGCUGUCAUCAAGGCAAAGGGUGGCUAUUUGAAGAAUCUCAAAUAUAAAAUAUAUUUUGAUUUGUUAAAAAAAAAAAUUGGUUACUACAUGAUUCCAUUUGUGUUAUUUCAUAGUUUUGAUGUCUUUACUAUUAUUCUACAAUGUAAAAAAUAGUACAAAUAAAGAAAAACCCUUGAAUGAGUAGGUGUGUCCAAACUUUUGACUGGCACUGUAUGUAUGACAUGUCAAUAACCCUGCUCGUCUUUGCUAGCCUGGUUAAACCAGACUGAACCCUGCACUCACCAUGACACAAUGGUGAUCACUGAGUUCAGUCUGGUUUAACCAGGCUAUGUGUUUGCCUCUUGCCGUUCCUAGAAGCGUCUACCUGUAUGAUGUCAGACUGGAUCAGCUGGUCUCCGUGCAGUGAGUCCUGUGGGAUGGGCAUGAGGUCUCGGGAGCGCUACAUCAAACAGUUCCCAGAGGAUGGAUCCAUCUGCUCUCUGAACACUGAGGAGACAGAGAAGUGUGUGGUCAACGACGACUGCUGUGAGUCUCACUGAAUCAUGGAGAUUAUCCAAAUUGUGACAUCAGGAUCAUGUUGUGGUUUCAGGCCUUUUGUGUUAAAGACUAAAAUAUUAUGUUUUGUCUAUAAUAUGAUGGCAUGAGGACGUAUAGUCAAAAUAAUCUAAAACAGGAAAUGAAAACAACCACAAAUCCUAUGUUGAAAAGCUGCUAUAUGCCAACAGGCUUAAUAUUCAGUCAGUAUAUUAAUGGAACAUGGAUUCUCAAGUAAAUGUUAACAACAGUAAUCGCAAGCUGCUAUAACAGUCCCAUCCCAGUGUAUGAGUGUAUAUCUGUCCCUGUAACUCCAUCAGCCCCCAGUAGCUGUGUGGUAACGGAGUGGGGUGAGUGGGAUCCCUGCAGCACCACCUGUGGGCUGGGUAUGCAGCGGCGUGAACGCAUGGUGAAGAUGCCCCCCUCAGAUGGUUCCAUGUGCAAGGCGGAGGUGGCAGAGGUGGAGAAUUGCAUGAUGCCUGAGUGCCGUGAGUAAUUCCUCCAACACCCACUCAACAACUGCCUCAGCCCCCGGGCGGCAGGCCAUAGACACUCCAUCUAAAAAGCACUGUGACAGGCAGCCUUGUUCAGCAAUCUGCCAAGGGGCCUCUGUAGUCUGUACCUAUCUAGAUCCAACCGGCUAGAUACACACUCAAAUGGACAGAUCUCUCAGAGGAGAGCAUGCAGGAGAAUACAUUCAAACAAUAAGAUCAUUUCAAGUCCCUUCAGCGAUGAAAACCAGUAGCUGAAGAUGGCGGAAAUGAAUGUUGUCAUGUAUGUUGAAACUGUUGUUCUGAACAGCAGGGGACAUUAUUAUGUAUAAUGUAUUAUGCCUGCCUGGUAUAUCCCUGCAGACACUAUCCUGUGUAUGCUGUCUCCGUGGUCGGACUGGAGCGUCUGCAGUGUAACAUGUGGGAAGGGCAUGAGGACACGCCAGCGAAUGCUCAAGUCUCCGAACCUAGGGGAGUGUACAGAGGAUCUGGAACAGGUGGAGCGGUGUAUGCAGCCUGAGUGU